GAGGGGCCCAGCAGGCUCCACCCACUACAGGCUGCCUGCAGAAAACUACAGGAGGGGGCGGAGACAAGACCAGUCAACCUGCACCAGCAGAGAGAGCAGAGUUGUAGGAGGGGCCCAGCAGGCUCCACCCACUACAGGCUGCCUGUAGAAAACUACAGGAGGGGGCGGAGACAAGACCAGUCACCCCACACAAGGAGAGAGAGAGCAGAGCUAUAGGAGGGGCCCAGCAGGCUCCACCCACUACAGGUUGCCUGCAAA